GAACUGCGGCCCUGCGAUUGGCUGCGCAUCCCUCCGCGCGGGGUGGAGCUGGGUGGCGCGCGCGCCUCGCGGGCCGCCCAGCUUCUGCUUGAAUCCACUAGCGUGCGAGAGAAGGUGUCCUGGCUGUGGGUCCGCAGCCGCUUCGGGGCGGGUUUGGCUCUGUUCGCGUCGUUGAGCCCUGCGCGUUUUUUUCCAGCCCGUCGGCCAAAAUCGGCCUCGAGUCAGCUGAUGCAGUCACGGGCUAGCCCGGGUUGGGGGUGUAGUCGAAGAGGCAAGUCUUUCAUUACUGACGGCUGCUCGCAGGCCUCCUGCAGCCGGGAUCCUUCAGGACGCAGCAUAUGUCCUACUUCCUACCUGAGCUCUGGAGCCCGACUUUGCAUGGGUUUAAAUACACCGCUGGCGAGCGUGGAAGCUGACCUUUGGAAUUGCUGCAGAUUUCAUGCUCUCUCCAUACACAUAUGCAUAGAGUCUGUUUCCUGUCAGACACCAGAAACCGACCAGAAGGAGAUCCACCAUUCUACCUCUCGUGGCCACCAUGCUGUCCACCCGCCUCUUCAGACCCCUGUCACAGCUGCCGGGGAGAACCCUGAGUUGCUAUGACAGAGAAAAUGGAACAAGGCGCUCGCUGCUGUUUUACUCCGCCUCUCUGGUCCCUAGCAGCCGUCGUGCUUAUUCCGAUGAGGUGAAGCCGGUUGGCAGCAAAGCCGUCCUGGUCACAGGCUGUGACUCGGGAUUUGGGUUCUCCUUGGCCAAGCAUCUGCAUUCAAAAGGCUUCCUUGUGUUUGCUGGCUGCUUGAUGAAGGACAAAGGAGACGAUGGGGUCAAGGAGCUGGAUAGCUUGAAGAGUGAUCGACUAAGAACCGUCCAGCUCAAUGUCUGCAAGAACGAGGAGGUGGAGAAAGUGGUGGAGAUCGUCCGCUCGAGCCUGGAGGACCCUGAGAAAGGCCUGUGGGGCCUCGUUAACAAUGCGGGCAUCUCGACUUUCGGAGAAGUGGAGUUCACCAGCAUGGAGACCUACAAGGAAGUGGCAGAAGUGAACCUCUGGGGCACUGUGCGGAUGACGAAAUCCUUUCUCCCCCUCAUCCGAAGGGCCAAAGGCCGCGUCGUCAACAUCAGCAGCAUGCUGGGCCGCAUGGCCAACCCGGCCCGCUCGCCCUACUGCAUCACCAAGUUCGGGGUGGAGGCCUUCUCUGACUGCCUGCGCUACGAGAUGCACCCGCUGGGCGUGAAGGUCAGUGUGGUGGAACCUGGCAACUUCAUCGCCGCCACCAGCCUGUACAGCCCCGAGCGCAUUCAGGCCAUUGCCAAUAAGAUGUGGGACGAGCUGCCCGAGGUAGUGCGCCAGGACUACGGCAGGAAGUACUUUGACGAGAAGAUCGCCAAGAUGGAGACCUACUGCAACAGCGGCUCCACAGACACGUCCCCUGUUAUCAACGCUGUCACCCACGCCCUGACCUCUGCCAGCCCCUACACUCGCUACCACCCCAUGGACUACUACUGGUGGCUUCGAAUGCAGGUCAUGACCCACUUGCCCGCAGCGGUGUCCGACCGGAUCUACAUACACUGAAGAGUUUCCCACCAGCCUCUGCUUGGGGGGCCCUGGUGGGAGGGAGAGAGGAACGCCGGAGGGUCGGAGGGAGGGUCUGGUGACGCCCCUCUUGGUGGCCUGCUUGUGCACUAUCCACAGUCCCUGGAGGACCUACUGCCAGUUGUAGCAUUAACCACAGGGGCUAGCUCAGCCCUACCUGGGGGCACUGUGAGUGGUGUGGGCUUCUCCGUGGGGGUGUGGAGUGGUGGGUGGGGUCCUUGCACCUUGAAACAUGGUACGUCCAUCUUUCUGAAGCUGAUUUCAUACAAAGACUUUGGGAAGACACGUUUAUAUUCAACACGAAUUUAUUAUAAAAUACAAUACAGAUCCUUUACAUUUUAAA